CAACACUAGUCCCUGACAUUUGUCUUUGGGUAAAUUUUCCUUUCUAAACUUCUUUCUAUAUUCCUCAGUGUUGGUUGGUGUGAGUGUUAAUUUACUUAGUUCUUUCAACUCCCUUUAUUUAUUCCAGUGUUGAGUGAUCUCUAUUUUCCUAUCGUCUACCUUUUCCUCUACUAGUUAACUUUCCCUUCCUCUAUCUUUGUCUCCCUCAGAGAUCUCUCUCUCUCUCUCUCUCUCUACCAUUCUUAAUUUGGUGAAUAAUUUACAUGCUUUUAACUGAACUUCUGGGUUUUCUUUGUUUUUCUUGGUAGUUUAAUUUUGAGAUCAUCCUCUCCUAUAAACGGUAGUCCACAACAAUUUCUUUCCUCUCACUCACCUCUAACCAUGGGAGACCCUUACAACAAUUUCUUUAAGGAUCUCUUCAAUUACAACCCUAAUUUCUCCUCUAAUACCCUUCCUCCUCCUCCGCUAGCUAUCCCCGCUUACAACUACAACUACAACUACAACUGCAGUAACUCUCACCACUUUCAAGCACCACCGCCUUCUCCUCCUCUAAGGGAAGCCCUCCCUCUCCUUAAUAGCUUUAGCGCAACAAGGCGUCAAGAAGAAGAUCAUCUUGAACCAAACUCAUCAAGGCCUUCUGGUGAAGAAGUGAACAAGAUGGGCUUAUGCGGUGAUAAUCAUUCUCAUGCGGACGAUGAGGUUGAAGAAGUCACAGUUGCUCUCCAUAUAGGACUCCCGAGCCCUAGCGCAUCAGAUCUCAUCUCCAGGGUCUCUUCCAACAACCAAGAGGAAGAAGAAGAUGGAGAUCAAGGAGACAAAGAAGGUGAUGUUGCUCCUUUAGUGUAUCCUACAGGUCCUAUAGGGAGACUAAACAAAGGGCAGUACUGGAUCCCUACCCCUUCACAGAUCCUCAUAGGUCCUACUCAAUUCUCAUGUCCUGUUUGCUGCAAGACCUUCAAUAGAUACAACAACAUGCAGAUGCAUAUGUGGGGGCAUGGAUCACAAUAUAGAAAGGGCCCUGAAUCUCUCCGAGGCAUCCAACCUACAGCGAUGCUGCGACUGCCGUGCUACUGCUGUGCUCCAGGGUGCCGGAACAACAUAGAUCAUCCAAGAGCAAAGCCAUUGAAGGACUUCAGAACACUCCAAACUCACUACAAACGAAAGCAUGGGAUCAAACCCUUCAUGUGUAGAAAAUGUGGAAAGGCCUUUGCAGUGCGAGGAGACUGGAGAACUCAUGAGAAGAACUGUGGUAAGCUUUGGUAUUGUAUCUGUGGCUCUGAUUUCAAGCACAAAAGAUCACUUAAAGACCAUAUUAAGGCCUUUGGCCAAGGACAUGCCGCUUAUGGCAUUGAUUGUUUCGAUGAGGAGGAAGAGCCCUCGUCAGAGAUUGAGCAACAUUGUGAUGCAUCUCACUCGGAGAAGGUGAAGUAAAUUGGAGUAAUAGGUACUUUCUUUAUAUUUUUUCCAUUCCAUAUUUGGUCGCAAUUAGUCAGGUUGGGAAGGAAACAUAACAAUGUAAGCCAUGAUCUCUUGUAAAUGGAUCUUCUAUCUAGUUUAAUGUGAACUAGAAAUGCAUAGGGUAAAAAAUAUAGGUGUGACAUGAUGUGAGUAUUGAG